UACAACUAGAGUGAAAAUGAGUGGACGGGGCAAGACUGGCGGUAAGGCGAGAGCGAAAGCAAAGACUCGUUCGUCGAGGGCGGGACUGCAGUUUCCAGUAGGUCGCGUUCACCGAUUGCUACGUAAAGGAAACUAUGCUGAGCGUGUUGGUGCUGGCGCUCCAGUAUACUUAGCUGCUGUGCUGGAGUAUCUAACUGCUGAGAUUUUGGAGCUGGCUGGUAAUGCGGCCCGCGACAACAAGAAAACUCGCAUCAUUCCCAGACAUCUGCAGCUGGCAGUGCGUAAUGACGAAGAGCUGAACAAACUGCUUGGAGGCGUCACUAUCGCCCAGGGCGGAGUACUGCCCAACAUCCAAGCUGUUCUGCUCCCCAAGAAAACCGAAAAAGCAGUGAAGGCAAAGUAAUUUCUGUUGCUUUCACGAGGACCAUUCUCCCAAAGGCUCUUUUAAGAGCCACUAAA